GAUUCAUCGAUCUCCAAGAAGCCAGGAAAGGGUAGGCGAUCUUCCCGUAAACCCUUUGUAAACCCUUUCUCGGCAUCUCGGACCCCUUUCCAAUAUAUAUAUAUAUCAUUUUUUCCUCCACACGCAACCCUACUAAUUAUAGAACUAAUGGAUCCAACAGAGCUAAAACGCGUGUUCCAAAUGUUCGACAAGAACGGGGACGGUACGAUCACGAAAAAAGAGCUGAGCGAGACGCUGCGAAGCCUCGGGAUUUACAUCCCCGACAAAGAGUUGGUUCAGAUGAUCGAGAAGAUCGACGUGAAUGGUGAUGGGUGUGUGGACAUAGACGAGUUUGGGGAGCUUUACAAGACGAUAAUAGAAGAGGAAGACGAAGAGGAAGAGGACAUGAAGGAAGCUUUCAAUGUGUUUGACCAGAACGGAGAUGGGUUUAUAACGGUGGAUGAACUGAAGGCGGUUUUGUCUUCCUUGGGGCUUAAGCAAGGUAAGACACUGGACGAUUGUAAGAAGAUGAUUAAGCAAGUGGAUGUUGAUGGUGAUGGUAGGGUUAAUUACAAGGAGUUUAGACAAAUGAUGAAAGGCGGUGGGUUUAGCACUUUGAGCUAA